CAUAGAAUAAACAGCUCCCUGAAUUCAGGUACCGUUUGCAAUCAAGCGAGCCUCUGAAGAGCAGUUACCGGACUUGUUUCUUUUGAGGUGUGAUAAGGGAUUGCCGGCUACUGGUACCAGUAGACAAUCAAGACCUGAGAACAAUGGAAUCAUGGGCUGCGCUGCCGUCCGUGGCAGAGAUCUAUCAGUCGCCUGUCUACAACCUCGCGAAAGCGAACUGGCUGGUUUCAGAUAAGAAGGUCAAAUUCAAAGAGAGUGCUAUUGCCGAUCUGAUAGCUCUUGUCAAAGACUCUACCGAUGCGGAGCGAGAGCUGUCUGUUUUGAGUUAUCUGUUUACGCUAGAGAAGUUUUUGUGGCCGAACUGGUCUGGCAAGUCGUCGGAUGAUCAUGCUAUUUUAAUUGCGAUGGUGUCUGCUACCAAGAAGCGCGAAGGCAGUCUUGAUUGGGAACUGUUCUUCAGCAAAUCCGACGAGGACUUCCCAGCCUUGGUCGAACGCAUACUAGCACUUUCGUCGACAGCAGGCCUCCCACUUCUCAUCAAGAACUACCUCAUCUCAUUCAUGGACGCCGCGUUUGCAUCGCUCGAAAUCCCCUUUGUCAGGCAGCAAUUUGCACCGCUUGUUUCAACCUCGAUCUGGAACUCCUUAAGCUCAGCUAGCUUUCGCGACUCCAUCUUCGCAACCACUCCCAGUCUAAAGAAAUCUUGGCGAAGUGCAGGAAAGCGCUUCGACGCGGCCGAUGAUCACAAGAAGACUAGAAUGCGUCUAGAACGUGGAUGGCUGUUCACCGUUUGUCUUGAUUUGCUGACACAGGUGCAUUCCAAGGACGCCGAAAAGGAUAUGCAGCUGGUAAAAUAUUCUGAGCGCGUGCUCGAGCUGCUGAUCGAUAUUCUCUCGCAACUUCCGACGCGCAAGUUCACAAACACGAUGCUCAAAGAUAUGAAUUUUGCCGUCGUUUUCAAAUUGAGUCCGCUCUAUACGACCGAGAAGAACUGGCUGGCGAGACAGCUGCUCGAAAGACUCGAAUACUAUAUUCAUUUUCCCGUCGACGACUUUUCCGGCGCCGAGGUUUCCGAUGAGCAAAUCAAAGCAUCGCGUUCUAAGGACGUGCUGAAACUACAAAAAAUUGCUUUGGAUCACUUCAAAGACAAGCUAUUAGUUCUCGCGCUGUCAAACUACGGAUCCGUCAGCACGCGUUCAUCUCUGCUCGAGAGUCUUGACGCACUCGAUGAUACGGAGCUCAAGCAGCUUUGCGGAUAUGUCGGCAUCUCAACCGCGUAUCCCCCGGCUGCCAAUAUUCCCGCUAAUCGGCAACUAUACCUCGAACUGCUUCUCGAUCGCUUCGUGAGACGGCCUCAGCUUCAAGAACUAAACGACUCCCUUGAGCUGCUGCCUACCGAAAAGAGUCUGAGUAAUCCUAUCUUGAAGCAAGCUGGAGCUUAUACGGGACGCUCCCCGCUGCCUAUCCCGCGCCUCAAUCUCCAGUUUCUCACGCUAUCUGACUUUCUGCGUCGAACAUUCGAGCUUUCGCGACUCGAGUCGUUUUACGAUGUAAAGACAGAUAUUGAAGCAAUCAUGAACCGACUGAAACUCUCGCCGGGCGGAGGAAUGCUCAAAGUGAACGGAACGAGUCGGAUGGCCCACCGCAUCUCGAGGCCCUCGAUUCUAACUGUCGCUGACCCGUUAGUUGGCGAGACGCAACCGGCUUUCGUGCGUGCCGAACUGUAUCUCGAGUUUGACCGCGCAACAGACGAGGUCUUGAAAGAGUGGGAUAUGCUCAAGCCUGGCGAUGUUGUGUUUCUGGCAUGCGUUGCGGCGCCGCCGAACGCGGCGGUAAAGUCUGUUGAUGAUCUGACAAAGAUCGGAGUCAAGUGCGUUCGUUCUGCCGAAGUAGUCGAUAUCUUGGACCAAAACAAUCAGUCGCUGCGCUCCGCUUCGGCGGGAGGUGCGAAUGACGAGUUCAAGACUGGUAAGCCAGCCAACGGAAGGUACAGCAGACAAGAUCGGAAACCACUAUUCGGUAAGCUCGCUCGUCGGCGGCGGAUCCAUGUCAACCUCGACGCGGCAUCAUACGCUACCGAUGACGACAAAGUCUACGCGAGCAUUAACUACGUUUUCCGACGGCGGCCGCGCGAGAACAACUUCAAGCCUGUUCUUGAGAACGUUAAAACUCUUGCGACGUCAAGCGAGCUGUCGCUGCCUGAGUGGCUUGUGGAUGUCUUUAUGGGAUUCGGAGAUCCGAUGGCGGCUUCAUACGAGACCCUUGUCGGUAACGAUAAGAGCGUGAACAUGAACGACACGUUUGUCGACUGGGCGCAUCUAAAGGAGAGCUUUGAUGAGCCUGUAGUGUUGGCGGAGGGAAUGGGGUCGUUCGAAGGUGCUCUUCCUCCUUAUGAGAUCAAGCGGACUACGCGGACGGUUGAGCAGCAGUCUAAUCCAGAGCCGCCGGCGAAAAAGAGCAAGGGCCGCAAAAGCAAGAAGACUGAGGAGAGCGAUCCAGCUGAGACUACUACGGCGGACGAAUUCGUCGUCGAGGUUUCAACCUACCGCUUGCCAAACAUGGGCCCUUACGCAGUCGACACGCGGAAGCGCAACACGAUUCCCUAUACACGCGCACAGGUGCAAGCUAUCUACUCCGGCACCCUUCCCGGUCUGACGCUGAUCGUCGGUCCUCCUGGAACCGGCAAGACUGAUGUUGCGACGCAGAUAAUCAGUAACAUUUACCACAAUAAUCCAGACGAGAGGAUUCUAGUGGUUGCCCAUAGCAAUCAAGCGCUCAAUCACUUGUUUGAAAAGAUCGCAGCGCUUGAUAUUGACGAGCGGCAUUUGCUGCGCCUCGGACGCGGAGAAGAGGAUCUGAAGACGGACGAGUCUUACUCUCGCCUAGGUCGCGUCGAAAGCUUACUCGCUCGUCGUAGCGUUUUAUUGGCUGAAGUCAAGAAGCUGGCAGACUCGGUCGGAGCACAAGGGUCACCUGAGGAGUCAUGCGAGAAAGCGGGUUACUUUUACAAAGUCUUUGUCUCCGCCGUGUGGCAGAAAUUUAAGGCCAAGGAGUACGAGGACGUCAAGUCUCUGGCCGAGAGUUUCCCGUUCUCAGCAUAUUUCGCUGACGCUCCGCAGCCGCUGUUCAACACCGACACGCACAGUCUGGAAGAAGCGGCUGAGAUUGCGGAUGGAUGUUUUAGACACCUGCAGAAGAUCUUCAACGAGAUUGAGGAUGUGAGGCCUUUCGAGCUGCUGAAGAGCGGUAAAGCUAGAGCAAAUUAUUUGUUGGCUAAGAAGGCGAGAAUCGUGGCAUUGACGGCAACGCAUGCGGCUAUGCAGCGAAACGAAAUGGUCGCUCUCGGUUUCCACUAUGAAAACGUGGUAGUCGAAGAAGCAGCACAAUUGACCGAGCUGGAGAGUUUCAUUCCGCUGACCCUCCAGUCGUCAUCCGACAGGCUAAAGCGGAUUGUUCUCGUAGGUGAUCACCACCAGAACGCACCAAUAAUCAAGAACACGGCGUUCAAAAGUUACGCAAACAUGGAGCAGAGUCUGUUUUCCCGUCUGUUGAGACUAGGUGUACCCCGCGUUUCGCUGGACGCACAGGGCCGUGCGCGGCCUUCGCUGGCAGAACUCUAUGCUUGGCGCUACGAAGGCGGGUUGCGGAAUCUUCCCCGAUGCGUGGAAGACGAGGCGUACAAGACUGCGAACGCCGGAUUUCUGCGCGAGUUUCAGUUUAUUAAUGUCGAGGACUACCAUGGCCAGGGCGAGAGCGAGCCGAGCCCUAACUUUUACCAGAAUCUGGGCGAGGCGGAGUAUUCUGUCGCAAUUUACAUGUAUAUGCGGCUACUUGGAUAUUCUGGCUCGCAGAUCAGUAUUCUGACGCCAUAUGCCGGCCAGAAGGUCUUGAUUGAGAACGUCCUCGCCGAGCGGUGUGAGAAGAACCCGAUCUUUGGGCUGCCGGCAGCGGUGGCUACGGUCGACCAGUAUCAGGGCGAGCAAAACGACUAUGUGAUUUUGUCUCUCGUGCGCACAAAGAGUGUCGGCUAUCUACGGGACGUGCGUCGGAUGACGGUAGCAUUGUCGCGCGCCAGACUGGGCUUAUACGUGUUCGGACGACGGGAGGUGCUCGAGUCGAGUUUCGAAGUGAAGCAGUUUGUGGAUAAGCUAGAUGUCAAUCGGACGGAGAACGAUCGUCUUGUGCUCGCGCUGGGUGAAAUGUAUCCCUCGUUGCGGGCGGUAGGGGAGAUUGAAGAGGGAAAGCAGGCUGUUAUGGAAGGCGUCGAGCACCUUGGUCAGUUUGUGUAUGAGAUGACGAAGCGCAAGAUGGAGAAGAUGAAGGAGGAAGGAUUGCUUGCUGCGGCGGCUGAAGAAAAGGCCGAGGAGGCGGUUGGUGUGUCGGAUGAGGAGAUGGCGGAUGACGACGACGACGAGGAUGAGGAUGAGGACGAGGACGAGGACGAGGAUGAGGAAGAUGGAAAAGAUGACGACGCGAUGGAGGUCGAUGAGUAGUUGCUGUCGUGUGUACACUAGUAGUAUAUUACCAACAUUUCAAGCUUCAUUCUCCACUAAUUUCAUACCAGCUUCCACUUGGGUGAU